UUUUUUUUUUCAUAUAAAAAGAAACGACAACAUUAUGGUGUACAUACAUUCCGAAUAUCCUUGGGAACAACCGGAAUAUGAUAUUCGAUACCAACAACAAGAUCGCUAUUCAUCAAAGUCAAAACGUUUUCAUUCAACAAAACGACAUUCACAUUCCAAAAGAGGGCCACGACAGAUUCCAUUCUUAAAUACUCCAUCAGCUUACUCAAAGUCCAAUUACUUCGAUGAUGACAAUGAUAUAUACCAUAUCUCUUAUGAUGGAAUACAAGAAAAUAUACCUGAUGACUAUCUGUUGGAUGAUUACUACAUAAAUGAUGCAGCACCUGCUUUACCCUGGUCAUCAACAUAUCGAAAAUCACAUUCAAGGCAAGCCUUAGCAGCAAUGCAAAGACAACGACAACAGCAACGUGAUUAUUAUUAUGGUUGGAAAGAGCAUCACAACCCAGAUAGCCCUUACAACAAUAUAGACAUCGAAAAUGACUAUGACUACGACUAUGACUAUGACCACGGUGAUGAAUAUGACAACGACAAGUAUCUUAUCGAUCAACAUGAAAUCCUAGAUCCGACAAAUACAUCAAGGGUGCACAAUCAUAUCAGAAAAGGCAGUCGGUAUAUUGGUCCCAUGAUUCCCUCCAGUUCAACACCUUCGACUUCACUGUCCAGACGUCGCAGCCUACCUCCUCAACCAACCAAUCGACCCUCCAGAAGAUCAUCCCAUUUCGACAACAAUUCAAUGUAUGUGAAAUCCAGUCACCUUUAUUCAAUGGAUGAUGAAAACCAAUUUGAUGAUGACGAUAUGAUAUUCUCGGAACAACAUCAAAUGCAUCUGCCACUGUCACAUGAAGAUAGAGUACACCGACGGAGACUUUCCUUAUCCCAACAUUACAAUGGUCACUGCUCACCUCCUUGGACAAACUCACCGAUCAUAGGGCCAUCUUCUGAAUCUUCAUCACCUUUACGACAACGUAAGCAUUCACCUCAGCCUGUAUUACAUCAGAGACGGCAUUCCCACAUGGAGCAUGGUCCUGUGUUACUAACAGAAUCCCAACAACAACAACAACAACAACAACAACAACAACAACAGCCUUUGCCACCACCUUUACUUUCUACUUUUUAUGGUCAGGUUCCUCCAACAACACAAGGACCUAUCGUUCCAAUGCCUCAACCUAUGAUUCAUGGACCAUCAUUCCUUCCAUCUCAUCAUCAUCUCAAUUAUGACUUUCCCACGAUGCCCAUACCUGGACUUGGUAUGCCAUUCAACCCCAUGAUGAUGCCACAACCUCCUUUACUUCAAUCCUUGGAUACAGCAGGAAAAAACAUCAUGCCACCAACAGUACCACCAUCAUCACAACAUCAGGAUACCACCAUGCCAUCAACGUCAUCUUCGUCUACUCCAGCUCCACCUUUAUCGGAUGACGCAAAAAGUCCUCAAAGUGCACCUGAUCCCAUCACAAAUGCAACAUCUACUCCACCUACUCAAUCAACAUCAUCAACAUCUCAAUCAGCACCUGCUAGUAGUCGAGAAAAUUCGUUAAUACCAUUGGUUCGAUCUCUUUCUCUUGGUGCAUCUCAACCUCUUGGUACGAAGACUCGCCGUCGUCGGUCUCUUUUUGAAAGUUUAUUUAAUUUGGAUGGUGGGAACGGGUUAUCACGGAACAAUAGUAUUUCCAGCAAUGUAACAGAUCAACAAAAACAACAAUCAUCACCAUCUUUGAUUCCGGUACAGGACUUGGCAGCACACUCACUGACCCGCAAACAAUCGCUUUCUUUGGAAAAAAAAGCCAAGGCUUUAUCGCAACGAUCUUAUAUUUGGUGUUACCGAAUCAAACCAUCCAUGAUGCAUCAUGAAGAUCAAGAUACUCAUUGUUGGAUUGCCAUGAUGCCCAAAAAUCAAACCAAAUUGGAUCCUUACAUCUCUUUUUAUCAACCUUCUGCUGUCGUCAAAGGAUUGGUUCGUACCUCUCAGUUGGCUACGUUAGUCAACUUGGAAAAGGAACCGAAAUUGUCCGGGUCCAUUACCGCCAUGCCUCAAGCUAAAGUCGCCCGUGUUUACCCCUCUUUAUUCUCCUCAUCGACCUAUUUGGAAUUAUUCAUUGAUUGUUUACCUGCUGAUAGUCAAUUUGUAGUUAGAUCUGAUUAGUUUUUUAUUUUUUUCUUUACUUACGUAUAUGUACUAUUAUAAAAAAUAAAAUAAAAUAUAUCUUCAUCUCUUUCUUCAUCUUCAAUAUCAAUAAAGAUAAUUAUCCAUAUAUUCCUUUUGUCAUACAAUACACACGAACCAUCUAAACCCCAUGAUUUAUGAUACACAUGUUGUGCAAUGAAAAAAAAAAAAAAGGUGUUU